ACACACGGAAAACCAAACUUUUAGUGGAGAAAUAUGACAGUGAAACAUCCAAGUUCCAGGUGCAGAUGGAGGAAUCAGACAAAUAUAUAAAAACAUACUUCAUAGUUGGCCCCAAGAGCAAGCCAGCCACUCCGAACCUGAACACAAGCAGUGAACACUCAGGGAGUAGAAGCUCCAUCUCUGAAGACAAGCAUGAUGCUGACAGUAUUGUGGUGGAUGGGUUGAAUAGUCCUAAUCUUUCUGAACCACGUCGACCCAGCCUCCGCACACAGAUUUUAGACUCUCACAAUGACACACAAGCACCCAAUGGAGUCACACCAGCAUUCCUUCUGGGGCGCAGGCAGAGCGGGUUCUUUGCCAUUAGUGAGAUGUCCCUGGAGGAGAUCGCAGAGGAGGAGAAAGAGGGUAUGGAGGUAGACUCUACCAUGGUCCCCAUCAACGAGACUCUCACCAAAACACGUCAGCUUCGACAACAGACAGACAAGCAGCUUAUUCACUACAUCCAAGAAGACACGGAAAAUAACAGCGAUUAUUUCUACAAGCCUCCUAUUAACCAGUGUACACUAACUUUCAAAACAGCAGGCUUGGAGAAGCGUUACAGGGAACAUUACUUAGACGACGACAAUCAGCAACUGAAAGUGAAAACAUUCGCCUCCCCGCGUUUUAAUGCUUUUAUCGACAUGGUGAUCUCUUUUAUCUUCCUGGUGGCUAUUUCUAUCUGUUGUUUCAUAGUGUUUGGAAUUACCAUGCCAUGGGUGACCUACUUUGUUGUUGCCAUGGUGUUCGAGGUUGUGAUGCUGAUUCCAUACAUCAAGGACGUGCUCAUUGAGGCUCCUGCUCGAGGUUGUCUAGAACGCAUCCGUCGCUGUAUUUCCCUCUGGUACAUGCGCCACGUUCUAGGUGCUGUUUUGACCUCACUUCCUGCGGCUGCGGUCUAUGCCAAUUUCUCGUGUGCUCAGGAAGAGGACCAACAAAAACACGCUAUAUUCUACUGCUACCUGCUACUGGUGGCACUCCUUCAUUACUGUAAUUUCACAAUGCUUAGUUCUUGGAUGAAGUCGAUUUUAGCCAGUCUGGUGGGAAUUGUCUUGCUUCUGCUCCUUGGGAUUGGUGUGUGCUCGGAAUCCCAGUACCAUAACGUGUACAAUGUGACCUCAAGUUCCUUUAAUCUCACCAAUAACGAGACCAUCUGGCAGAAUUAUACAGCACAAAUCAAGUUGGACAGUAAUGUCUUGUUCUCAGGAAAACAUAAGCUUCGCUUUGAGAUUAUUCUGGAUAUGGCCCUACUGCUGCUUUUGGUGUGGUUUUUGAACCGCGAGUUUGAAGUCAGUUACCGUCUUGGUUUCCAUGGAGAUGAGGAAGCAUCAGCAGACAGAUCGCGCAUGGAGAUUGAAAAGAAGCAUGCUGAUUGGCUGCUGCACAACAUCAUUCCCGAGCACAUCUCUGAGCAACUGAAGAAGACAUCGAAGUACUCUAAGAAUCACAAAAAUGUUGGUGUUAUAUUUGCCAGCAUUGUUAACUUCCAUGAAUUUUACGACGAAUCCUACGAAGGAGGUAGAGAAUGCCUACGAGUGUUGAAUGAACUUGUCGGAAAUUUUGAAGAACUAUUGGGAGACUCACGCUUUAAGGAUGUCGAAAAAAUCAAGACCAUAGGGCACACCUUGAUGGUGGCAUCAGGACUCAAUGAGCAGACGCGGUUGCAGAAUCGGCACCCCAAUGCACAUUUGUACACAUUGCUAGACUACACUAUAGAAAUGCAGCAUGUGGUACAGCAAUUCAAUGAAGGGAUGCUGGAGUUUGGGUUUGUCUUGUCGAUAGGGUUCUACUGCGGUGAAGUGACAUCUGGUGUCAUUGGGACAUCUAAACUUCUGUAUGAUAUAUGGGGGGACACGGUGAACAUCGCAAGCCGAAUGUACUCCACAGGUAUGCCUGGCAGAAUACAGCUUCCAGAGGGCACUGCUAAUAUGCUAGAGGACAAAUUUGAGUUCGAACAUAGGGGCACUGUAUUUGUUAAAGGCAAAGGGGACAUGAGGACUUGCUUCUUACUGCACAAAAGAGAAGGGGCGCAGUGGGACUAAUUUAUACUAGUGUCUGGUAAGAUAACAUUGGACUGCUCAGCUCAUAAAAAAAUGGCCUCGAAGAAAGAAAAUCUGUUACAGAAUCCGGUUUUAGUUGAUACCAUGGCAAAUGCGCCUUUAUGACUGAAUGGAGCUAAUAGUUUGUGUUUAAACAGCAUAAAUAUAAACUACUUGCAAGCAUUACUUAAAAUGAGUUAAGUUUGAAAGCUGGUCUUAAACUUAAGUAGUAGUCCACUAGAAUAAUCAAGUUAUUAUGAUAGGUAAGAUGAAAAAACUAAUAGUCCAAAACAUACACCAUUUCAUACUUUAAAAUACAACUACAAUUAUCUUUUUCUCUUUUAUGAUAGAAAGAAUUACUCUGAUAUACAAUGGUCAAAAUGGCUGGCAUUUUUAGUUUUAUGAGUCUUAAAAGGCCAACUUUCAUCUGUGUUUUGUUUUGUGAAGUUCACUCCAGGGAGAUGCUAUUAAGGUGACAGAGUCAGACUCAUUGGUUUGCCGCCAAAGUUCAAAGCUUAAACCAUGGGUAUAGACCCUGGAUUAUAUUUGAACUAUUUUCAAUACUUCUUCCUUCACAGUUUAACUUCCGAAUAGAUAUAUGUGACUUGACUUUGCUCAAUGAUAUUUUAAGUGUGCCAUUGUUAUCAAACAUGAAGAAAACCUUGUAAACCAUCUUUUGAUAGGAGUUAAGAUGGUACAUAAAUGUAACCUACUAGUUUUGUUUGAAUGGCAUUUGAUUAUUUUGAGAUGUUUGUCUUUGAACUGUGUACAAGUUGUGAAGUUUGUUAUAUGCUGUAAGUAUUACAGUGAUGGAUGAAAUUGUUAUAAAACUGAUGUAAAUUCAGAGGAGUUUGGCUAAGGUUAUUCCACAAAAAGUGACCAGUUGAAUCAUGUCAGAGACAUGUUUUGUGUCUGAGCUGUCUCGGAAAAAAAAUGUUUUUUUUUUUUUGAAUGACAAACCAAAAUCUUCUGGCCAGCCACAUUGGAGAAGCAUGGAACUAUACGUUGAAAAAUAUUUAUAUGUUCAUAUCCUCUAGUGCUGUGAAAUAUUCCUACUUUGACUUUAAAUGUUAAAUGUAUAUCAUUAAUUUUUUCUCUCUAAAUAUAUGUUGCAUGAAACUACAUUGAUUUAAAAAAAAUUAAACACGUAAGUUUUCUUUCUUUUGAAAUUUACCAGUCUUUUUGUUUUGAUGCAUUGUUAACAGUUUUGACUAAAUCCUUUUACAUCAUAUAGGUUUUGAGUAUUAAUCAACAGAUUAUUCCAUGUACUAGGCAGUUAAAAGGAGAAUUAGAUUUUUAUACUUUUUCCAGGAUACCCCAUGUUAAAUUCACAUUUUCCAUUUUCUCUAACACUGUCUCUAAUCUUGCUUUACAGAUCAAUAAUUAUGAUUAUUUUUCUUUGUUGGGGUAAAGUUCGAAGCCAGCUCUUUUAGUCAUGGCUCUUGUGCAGCUGAUGGGGUUAAAAAUUGAAACAUCAUGAUUUUAAAUUCACAUGCUUAAUCAGUCCCAAAAUGUGCUUUAUUCAGGUACGAACAAUUUCCUAUAACCACAGGCAAAGAAUAUUUUUUACCGAACAAGAAUAGUGGUGAUGUAUAAAAUCCCCUCCAUGUUUAAAGUAUAAAUUCUAAUUUUAAAAAAUGUUGGGCCUUGCUUGCAAUUUUAUGUAAUGAUGUGUCAUAGUAUUUCAUUACUAUAUGAUUGUUACAGACCUAAUUUCAAGAUUUUUUUAAUCUCUCAAAAUGCUUUUUUUUGUGAUUUUUUCAAUAUGGAUGUUUCACCAGUUGUAAUUUUUCAUUCAUUUGUGAAAAAUUCAUGCCUCUACUCCUAGCACUCUGUGCUCUCUUAAGCACUGUAAUAAAAAUAACCAAAUUUAUCAUAAAUUUUAUUAAUUUUGUAGGUUUUGUCAAUCUGUAGGACCAUAUUUUAGGAACAGUUUAUUUAACUGGACAGUUUGAAGUGAAGUGUUUUGCUAAAUAAGUGAAUUGAAUUUUUAAAAUAUUCUAGAUAUAAUUGACAGUGGAUAUGUAGAAAUAUGUACAGUAAAUUGUAACAAGGCAGGUUUCCUUUGAACAUUUUUAACAAGUAUUUUUCUCUAACUUUUAAUAUUUAAUUUCAUUUUAUUAUGUCUGCAAGUUUUAAAUAUUAAUUAUGAGUGAAGAUAAUCUCUGCAUUAAAUAAAGCUUAACAUAUAAAUAAAUGAAGUUGACAGAUUAAAACAUAGGCGUGAAAGUUUUUGAAUGAUAGGGAUGGCCAUUCAGUACUUUUUGAAAUUAUUCAAAUGGUGAAGAUUUUUUUUUUUUUUUGUAUUUUGUUUGUAGUUCAGAUUGUUUUGGAUGUGGUUUUAGUGAUUCGGAGAUGGCACAAAGUUUACUGUAAAAAGGGUUUAAGGUUUGGUUGUAGAGAAAUUUUUUAAUUUAAAAAGUGCAUUAUGUUAGGUGAUAUAUUUUGUUGAAAGUGCCACUUCAUAAAUCGGCUA